AUGUCGCUGCUCUGCGUGCGAGUAAAGAAAGCUAAACUCCAAGGACCACCAGAUAAAUUCAAUACCUAUGUUACCCUGAAAGUGCAAAAUGUGAAGAGCACGACAGUAGCCGUGCGAGGUGAUCAACCCUGCUGGGAACAGGACUUCAUGUUUGAGAUCAGUCGGUUGGACCUGGGCCUAAUCGUUGAAGUAUGGAACAAAGGACUGAUCUGGGACACCCUGGUUGGGACCGUGUGGAUUGCGCUGAAGGCCAUUCAUCAAUCUGAUGAGGAAGGUCCUGGGGAGUGGUCUACGCUGGAGGCAGAGGUUGUAAUGAAACAUGAUGAAAUCUGUGGAACCAAAAACCCAACUCCUCAUAAAAUUUUGCUGGACACAAGAUUUGAAUUACCUUUUGAUAUUCCUGAAGAAGAGGCCAGAUACUGGACCAGAAAAUUAGAACAAAUAAAUUCACUGGGAGAUGAGUAUUCCUUUCAGGAGGAAGUCCAGAAGAAACCGUUGCCCAGUGCUGCCUCCCAGUGUUCCUUUGAAGAUGCUGACAGCGCUGUGGAUGAUCGAGAUAGUGACUACCGCAGUGAGACAAGUAACAGCAUUCCUCCUCCGUACCACACGACCGUGCAGCCCAAUGCCUCUGUGCACCAGUUCACUGUGCCAUCACGCCUGCAGCAGCAAGGGGUCUUGAGGGAAACCUGUGCUGACUCCUUACAGAACUAUGAUCUGGAUUAUCAGGAGCAUGUGGCCAUCAGGUAUCCUCAGGAAUAUGACACAAUAGAUAGGAGAAGGAAAAAGAAGCUACGAUACCAUUUUGAAGAGAGUGAACAAAUAAGCCUGCGAAGUAAUGAAGGUCUACGGUUUCCUGGGGAGAAAACGGUUUAUUUCAAUGGUGUGGCAACUAAUUCUGAACCUAGUGAUGAUUUCCCAGUAUGUGAUAGAACUGGGAAGUAUACCGGUAGCUCUGAAGGUAAGGAGCAGUUGCCUGCUUAUCCCGUCCUGCGUCCAUACAAAAAUGGCUUAAUGGUUAAAAGUGGCAGGUUGCUGAACAAGCAGGGAGUGAACCAUGAGGGCUCACUUCACCUGAGUAACAGUGAUGAUGUGCAAGUCAUAGGCAUGCCAGAUAACACUUUUGUGCCUGUGGAUAUCCUUGAGGAAUUUGACAGCAGUGCUUCUGAUGAGUUCCAGUACUCACCUGUUUCGGAUGAUGAAAUAGAGGAACUGGCUUCUCUUUCACAAACAUGGUCUGAUUCUGAUAUCAGCCAUCUGAGAAACUUCACUGUUAAUUACCCUGCAAAUCUGGGCUCCCAGGUGAAAGGUAGUUGUGAUAAAAACCACAAGGCUAAAGGGAGCAAGCAUGGUCAUCCUAUGCAAGACUUAACACUCUCUCCUGUUGAAGAGCCCAGUGAGGAGUACAUAGACACGAUGGAUGAGCUACAGUGUCUGGUAGAAUCAGUUUCAGAAUACUUGGCUGAAAAGGAGGAAGAAAUCAACAAAUUUGGUACGUUGACAGAGACCAGGAAAAAUGUUGAGAGCAUGUCAGUGAAGCAGGAUAAUGCUGAUAAUUCAGUAGAGGGUAAGAAGUCUGAACAGACCAAGCAUCCUGCUGCAGAGGAGAGUACCAAGGUCAAAUCUGAAUCUCUCCCAGACUUGUCAGGUGUUAAGAAUACAGUGAAUUCCCUGUUCAGCUCUUUCACUGAAAAGGUGGGGUCAAGCACAAAGCAGCUUACAGCCUCUGUUGAAAAGCUUGUUUCUGCCACUCCAGAGAAAACAGAAACCAGAAACUCAUCAGAAAGUGGAAUCUCAAAUGUUCUUCCUGGUAAGUACAAAAGUGAGAGUUCGUCUUCUGGAGUGACAGCAGAUAAUAAAGCUGACACCAAGUUCUCCAUUCACUCUUUGCUACCAUCCCAGGUGAGUGGUGAUAAAAAGCCCCAGAACAUAAACCCCAACAAGCCAGAAACCACUGAGGUGGACAGUAAGGCUUCCAUGCCACAUGAUCUCCAGCAACCACAAGGAACAACCACCGGCACCCAGCAGAACAAACAUUCGGUUGUGAAUUCUGUUCUAGGCAUGUUCAAUCCUUUAAAGAUCUUCUCUGAGAAGGAAGUGCCAAAACAAGAAGUCAUAAAAGAGGAACACACCAAAGAGGACAGCCAUGCUGUGAAAGUUGAUGAGGCAAACAGAAGUGAGAAACCAUCUGAAGAGAUGGCAGCCAAGACCAGCAGGAUCAUUCCAGAGACACGGACAAGGCAGAAAGAAAGUACAUCUGGGCAUUUUAAAGGCCAUAAGUCUGAGGAGGAUGUAAAUCAAAAUAGCUCAUCGAACGAACACUCAUUUCCUUUCGCUGGGAAACUUUCUUUUCUCAGUGGGUUGGGUUUUUCAGAAAAGCAGGAACAUAAGAAUGAAAAAGGAGAGCAGUACUCAGCUUAUCCAGAAACAAGAAGCCAUCCUAGCUUUGAAUGGGAAUAUGAAGUGGGGGAGCUGACUGGCACUCGUGAAAUAGCAGUACCAGUUUACUAUGUGUUAAACCAGAACUCUGUUCUGCCCCCUCAGUUCUUGGACUGGCCUGAAAGUGAUGCGGUAGUGAAUCUCUGUAAGAAGGAUGGGAAUGCAAAUGUGAUGGAUUGGCAGACUAAUGCCAAUUUUGAUGGACAAAGUUUAGAUUUAAGUGUGAUGUCCUAUGAGUCAUUUGACCAGUUGAUGCUUCGAGAUGUUUAUUCAGGAGAAAAUGAUGCAUGGACCACUGAUUCUGUCAAUGACAGUUACCAUAACUUUUCACCGUUUCAAAGAGAUGGCAGUUACUCAUUAGAAGAGUUACCCAUGGAUUUAAGCUACUCCUCUGGCUGUGAUGGAGCUAUGUGGACUCUAAUUGACGAAGAGACUGUAAGUAUGGAUGAGAGUUUUAUGUACUCAUCCUAUAGCCAGGAGUAUCAGGAGUGGCUGAUGAUGCUUGAGCAGGGUAUAUGGUGGCCAUCAGAAGAUGGUGACUGUGGAUAUUACAUGUACAGUGAUAACCAGUAUGUGUAUUCACUACUCACUGAUCCCACUGGACAAUAUGUCUAUGUAUGUGCUCCCGAAGCAUAUUCCUAUCCGGACUACUGGGAUUAUAAUUUUCAGAUGGAUUCCAUUCCAAGUGCUGCCCUAGAAGACAACACGAUUGCUGUUUGUGGUUUUAAAGUCCCUCUUGGCAGUGAAGAUGAGCUGUUUUGGUUUGCUGAAGAGGAGUCUUUUGGUGAUUAUACAACAAAUAAGCCCCUGGACCUGUCAGUAGCUUUGCAGAGGAGUGAUCAGCUGAUGAACAUGAAUUUGGAGACCUUUUCACAAAUGUUUGAAGAAUCCAUUUAUUAUCAGAGAGAGCAGCCCUUAGACUUCUCAAGUUAUAAACUUCAAAAACUCAAAGUAGAUUUUAGACCUGAAAAGGAAACCUUGAAUUAUUCAGAGGAAUCUCCGCUAACCCUUGAUCUCCGAACACAUUCCAGAGCAGCUUUAAAUAAAUCACUGAAUGGCAGGCCCAUACGAGAAGAGAGACCCGUUAAAGCAACACCAUCUUCCAAGCAUCUUGAAGGGCAUGCAAGUAUUAAUGAAUCGAGUCAGUCACAGCCAAAUCAGAGCCAGCCAACCACUGAGCCUGAGGAGACGUUAUUUAAGAGCGCUCUGAAGUUGUUCAGCCUUGGAGAAGAUUCUCUUGCAAGCUCCACUGCCAACAAACCACAAGCUUCUGGGUUUUUUGACUUCUUUAAAACACAAGUAAGCAAAGCCCCACAGCCGUCACCAGAUCUGGGAAGAAGUCAAAGUGACAAACCAGAAAAGGUGGUACAGCCAGAACAGAAGGAAACCUCCAGCUUCUCAUCGUUAUUUGGAUCCCUUGGAGAUCUCUUCAAAGCGGAGCCUGUGCCUGCUCAACCAACCUCAAGUACUCUUCCAAAAACCGGGAUCAGAACUGAGUCGAGACAACAGAAGGAGAAGUCUGGAGGCCUUCAGAGUGCCAGCAUGCCAUGUCUGUCCUCCACCCAGAAGGAAGGGGUGAGAACACAGGGCACGGAUGGGCAGGUUUCUCCUAGCCCCGGGGUGCAAAUGGAACAACGAAGCAGAAAAGCUGAGGAGGAGUCUCCUGAGAGUAAAAAAGUGCUUCCUGGGAACAUGUCACAGAAGGCAGUGGGUGUACACCCCAAAAUUGGCCAGCUGAGUCAGUCAGCUGUGCAGCAAAGCGGUGUACCCACGGUGACACCAAAGCAACAGCGAGGAGAUCGUUCAGGAGCCCCAGUUACUCAGGCAAAACCAAAGCCAGAUGAAGCACGUAAAGAGUCAGGCUUCAGUUUGCCAUUCAGCUUUUCUGAUAUCACUGCUUCGAAAUCACAGCCAGCACAGCCAGCCAGUAGGAGCAUAUUCUCCUUCUUCACGGGAUCAGAUGAGGCAAAGCCUUCACCACCUGCUCCUGCUAGUGGGAAGCAGCAGGAAACAGAGGGACUGUUUCAUCUGCCUUCCUUCUUCUCCAGCGGUCCAACUGCUGAGAAGAGCAUACCUCAAAGAAGUACUAGCUUUAGCUUCUUCAAUUUGACAUCCUUUUUGGAUGAGAAACCACAAGCUGCUCCAAGACAGGAGAAUAAUACAAAACCAGCUAAGCCAGUGAACUCCAAGCCAUAUGUGAAGCAAAAUAUUGCCACCGACUCUAGUGUCAAAAUUAGCAGUUCUGCCAGGCAACAGGAAGCAAACAAUAAAGAAGAAGUUGAUAUUAUUGCAGCAGUCACUGGCAAACAAACGAUCCCAGAAAUGAUCCAAGAGAAUAAAUCAGAAACACUGGCAGUGGAAACUGUAGAAAGUGUUGCUGAGGUAGCUGAACAGAGUGACUUAGAGAAGCCUCCACAGACUGAUGACACUGCAGUAAGCAAUGUAGCUGCCUCUGGUCCUUGCCUUCAGACUCCCAGUGUGCAGGAGGGCUCUCAGGGCCAACAGGCUAUUUCUUUAGAAGAAGAUACUUUGGAUAGCACAGGGAAAAUGGACAGUGCUGCAUUUCCUGUUGAUAAAGAAGAGCAUAAUUCUUCAAAAGAGGAAAUUUCUGAAAAGGAGGAUUCUAGCAUGGCCUCAGGGGACAAAAUAGAUUCCCAGGGUCUAAAUGACUUAAAUAGUGUGAAUGACAUUAAAGAUGAAGUGAUCUCUGGAGAAGUGUGUGUACAGAAUGAGUUGCCAGAACGUAAAUUACCUGAACAAACCCUUGGUGAAGGGUUACAACAAGCACAAGAGCCACCAUCUCCUUCUAAAAUGGCAGAGGCACCUAAUUUGCAAAACAAACCUAAGGAAUCUGAGAGUGAUAAAUCAGUGCUGGAUUCUUCAGUUGAAAUGUUUUCAAGUUUUAUGACAAAAAUGAAACCGCCCAAAACAUUAUCUGGUUUCUUUUCCCAGCCUCAAGCUACUGCACCUCCCACUGCACAGAAGAAAAGCUCCUCUUUCUUUGGUUUCUCGUCCCUCCCAAGUAGCCCAGCACCAGCUUUCACAAAUGAUCUCUUUGGCAUCUUCAAAGGUCCCAAAGAGUCUCCAAAAGAGGUGCCUCCAAAAUCCACCCCUAAACCUCAAAGCAGUGGUGUGAAAGAUGUCACUGCGUCUGUUCCAGCAAAAGACUCUAGAGAGACAGAAAACACAGCUGCAGCCAGAGAGUCUAAAAGAGAUGUCAGGAGCUCUCUGAAGGAGGAUGUAGUACCUGUUCCAACAGAAGAGAACUCCACAAAAGAGUCUCCUGUGAAAACAGAAACUGAGGAAAACAGGAACUCUGAAACCUGCAAAGAGGAGCCAUUGAUGAUCACUCCAGAAACAGCAGUGUCUAGUGAAAAUCAAUCCCUUGAGGUUAUGGAGCUGGACAAUGAUGCACAGCCCUCUGAGGUAGUAGAUACUAAGCCAUGCCAGUCUGAUUUCAGCAAUGCCAUUGAUACAGUGCAGGCUGAGGCCUCUGACCAGACUGAUGGAGAUACAUGCCAGCUUGAUGUGGGAUCUUCACAUGUACCUGAGGAACAGGCAGCUCCUACAAACAGUGCAGCUACUGACAUCCUUCAGGCUGGCUCUACUGAGGAGCUUGCAGUGGAAAUGGAAGCCACAGCUAAUAGGGAAGACACAAACCUUUCCCAGUUGGAUGAGAGUGCUGUACUUGAGUCUGAGCCUGUUGUUACAGGGGAUCAGGCCAAUGCUGUCAUUGAUCAGCAGGACAUGAUCAGUAAUAAUGGUAGAGAACCCCCACCUCCAGCUGAUGAGCCCAGUGUUCAUGUGCUCCAGCUGAAUGAAGAGAAGACAAGUGAGCCAGAACAGAAACAGCAAGCUGCUGAGCAUUCAGCAGCUGUUGAGGUGCCUGCAAUAGGCACUGCUUCCAAAUGUGACUUGAAGAAACCUAAUAGUGUUGCUCCAGAUGCGAACAGUAAUAAACCAGUGUUUGAAAUACCAAGCAUGCCCAGUUUGCCAAAAUUCAGCUUUAUGUCAUCUGCUGAUAGUGCAAAGCCAUUUGGGUCAUUCUUCUCUCAGCAGCCACCCUCAGUUAACAAAGCAGGGGCAGAUCAGGGCCUCAUGUCCAGCUUUAAGAAACUUUCUUCUACUCUCUUUGAAGGAGGCAGUGAAGAAAAGGUGGGUAAACCAGAGAGUGCCCAAGGAGCAGUUCCUGCUGGCAGUAGUAGAUAUGGCUCCUCUUGUAAUGUCAGCCAGGGAAGCUCUCACCUCAGUGAGCUGGACCAUUCCCAUGAAAGUGCCCAUGGCUCUGAGCAAGAAGAUGAUCACCAGGAAAGAGUCUCGAAUCAUUCCUACCACAGUUCAGGCAGCUACCAGAAGGAUGGUCAGGCAUGGCACAGGGAGCAAGAGGAACCUCAUGGCAAAGGAGAGGAGAAGAUCUGUGAGACAGAGGAGAAACGUGCAGACCGUUCUGUAGCUCUGGAACUUGAGAAGCCCAAGGAUGUUGAUGCAGGAGUCCAUGUGAGCUACCACAGCGAUAAUGAGGCACCACCAUUUCCUCGAGCAAGAGCCCAUUGGAUUAGAGCUAUUAGCAAAGUUCGACUGCGGCUUCAAGAGAUACCUGAUGAGGCUGAUCCAUCAAAACCACCGUGGCUCAAAGGAGGGCCUGCAGGUGGUCUCUAUGGCAUCGAUAGCAUGCCCGAUCUGCGCAAAAAAAAGCCAAUUCCACUUGUCAGUGAUCUGUCACUGGUUCAGUCCCGGAAAGCCGGAAUUACCUCAGCAAUGGCCACUAGAACAUCUCUCAAAGAUGAAGAGCUGAAAUCUCAUGUCUAUAAGAAGACCUUGCAAGCCUUAAUUUACCCCAUCUCAUGUACAACCCCACACAACUUUGAAGUGUGGACAGCCACAACCCCUACCUACUGCUACGAAUGUGAGGGGCUGCUGUGGGGUAUUGCACGGCAGGGAAUGCGCUGCGGAGAAUGUGGAGUCAAGUGCCAUGAGAAGUGCCAAGACUUGCUCAACGCUGACUGCUUACAGAGAGCAGCAGAGAAGAGCUCGAAGCAUGGAGCUGAAGACCGAACGCAGAAUUUCAUCAUGGCAAUGAAGGAUCGCAUGAAAAUCCGGGAGCGGAACAAGCCAGAGAUCUUUGACUUGAUUAGAGAUGUGUUCUGUGAGAGCAAAUUGACACAUGCUCAGCAGAUGAAGACAGUGAAGCAGAGCGUGCUUGAUGGCACCUCAAAAUGGUCAGCAAAGAUUACGAUCACAGUGGUGUGUGCUCAGGGUCUGCAGGCUAAAGACAAGACUGGGUCCAGCGAUCCAUAUGUAACCGUUCAAGUGGGUAAAACAAAGAAGAGGACAAAAACGAUUUUUGGGAAUCUGAACCCUGUAUGGGAAGAGAAGUUUUACUUUGAGUGCCAUAAUUCUUCUGACCGAAUCAAGGUGCGAGUCUGGGAUGAAGAUGAUGACAUCAAGUCUCGUGUCAAGCAGAGACUGAAGCGCGAGUCAGAUGAUUUCCUGGGGCAGACAAUCAUUGAAGUCCGUACUCUUAGUGGAGAAAUGGAUGUGUGGUACAACCUUGAAAAGCGAACAGAUAAGUCUGCAGUGUCUGGGGCUAUUCGCCUACAAAUCAGUGUGGAGAUUAAAGGCGAGGAGAAGGUGGCUCCAUAUCAUAUUCAGUACACUUGCCUUCAUGAGAACCUCUUUCACCAUCUCACAGAUGUGCAAGGGAAUGGGGUGGUGAAGAUCCCUGAUGCCAAAGGAGAUGAUGCCUGGAAGGUGUAUUUUGAUGAGACAGCUCAAGAGAUAGUGGAUGAAUUUGCAAUGCGUUACGGCAUUGAAUCUAUAUACCAGGCCAUGACGCAUUUUGCAUGUCUCUCCUCUAAAUACAUGUGCCCAGGCGUGCCAGCUGUGAUGAGCACCUUACUUGCCAAUAUCAAUGCUUAUUAUGCGCACACCACUGCCUCCACGAAUGUGUCUGCUUCGGACCGCUUUGCAGCCUCCAAUUUUGGGAAAGAACGAUUUGUGAAGCUUCUGGACCAGCUUCAUAAUUCACUUCGGAUUGAUCUCUCAAUGUACAGGAAUAACUUCCCAGCCAGCAGCCGGGAACGGCUGCAGGACCUGAAGUCUACAGUGGAUUUGCUGACCAGCAUCACUUUUUUCAGGAUGAAGGUCCAAGAGCUGCAGAGCCCACCCAGAGCCAGCCAGGUUGUGAAGGACUGUGUGAAAGCUUGCCUCAACUCCACCUAUGAGUACAUUUUCAACAACUGUCACGAGCUGUACAGUCGCGAGUACCAGACAGAUCCUAACAAAAAUCAAGACCUUCCUCCUGAGGAACAGGGCCCCAGCAUCAGGAACCUGGAUUUCUGGCCCAAGCUCAUCACUUUGAUAGUUUCCAUCAUUGAAGAGGACAAGAAUUCUUAUACCCCAGUCCUGAAUCAGUUUCCUCAGGAGCUUGCUGUUGGGAAGAUCAGUGCAGAGGUGAUGUGGAGUCUUUUUGCCCAGGAUAUGAAAUACGCCAUGGAAGAGCAUGAGAAACACAGACUGUGUAAAAGUGCAGACUAUAUGAAUCUACACUUCAAAGUGAAGUGGCUGUACAAUGAAUAUGUUCGUGAUCUGCCUGCCUUCAAGGGAAAAGUGCCUGAAUAUCCAGCGUGGUUUGAGCAGUUUGUGAUGCAGUGGCUGGACGAAAAUGAAGAUGUUUCCUUAGAAUUCCUGCAUGGUGCUCUGGAGAGAGAUAAAAAAGAUGGGUUCCAGCAAACAUCCGAGCAUGCUCUGUUCUCCUGCUCAGUGGUGGAUGUCUUCACCCAGCUCAAUCAGAGCUUUGAGAUCAUUAAGAAGCUGGAGUGCCCAGACCCCGUCAUUGUUGCUCAUUAUAAUAGGAGGUUUGCUAAGACUAUUGGGAAAGUGCUGAUGCAGUAUGCUGACAUUCUCUCCAAGACCUUCCAGUCCUACUGUUCCAAGGAGAAACUGCCUUGCAUCCUGAUGAAUAACGUCCAACAACUGAGGGUGCAGCUAGAGAAGAUGUUUGAAGCCAUGGGUGGUAAAGAGUUGGAUGCAGAAGCAAGUGACCAUCUCAAAGAGCUCCAGGUGAAGCUGAACAAUGUUUUGGAUGAGCUGAGUGCUGUGUUUGGUAACAGCUUUCAGACUCGUAUUGAUGAAUGUGUCAAGCAAAUGUCUGAUAUCCUCUGUCAAGUGAAAGGGACGGGAAAUGUUGCUGCUAAUGCCAGAAACACCGUUGCACAGGAUGCAGAUAAUGUCCUGAGGCCAUUGAUGGAUUUCCUGGAUGGAAACCUGACACUGUUCGCAACCGUGUGUGAAAAGACAGUGUUGAAGAGGGUGCUGAAAGAGCUCUGGAGGGUAGUAAUGAAUACCAUGGAGAAGCUGAUUGUGCUGCCUCCUCUGACAGAUCAUACGGGCACACAAUUGAUUUUCAGUGCUGCUAAAGAACUGGGACACUUGUCAAAGCUGAAGGAUCAUAUGGUGAGAGAAGAAACUAGGAGUCUCACUCCAAAGCAGUGUGCUGUUUUGGAUCUGGCACUGGAUACGAUCAAACAAUAUUUCCAUGCUGGUGGGAACGGACUGAAGAAAACCUUCUUGGAGAAGAGUCCAGACCUGCAGUCACUUAGAUAUGCGCUCUCUCUCUACACUCAGACCACAGACACUCUCAUCAAAACCUUUGUCCAGACUCAGACAGCUCAGGGCUCUGGUGUGGAUGAUCCUGUGGGGGAAGUGUCUAUACAGAUCGACCUGUAUACCCACCCUGGAACUGGGGAACACAAGGUCACAGUGAAAGUUGUGGCAGCCAAUGACUUGAAGUGGCAGACAUCUGGCAUGUUCCGUCCAUUUGUGGAAAUCACCAUGAUUGGGCCCCAACAGAGUGACAAGAAGAGGAAGUUCACAACCAAGUCAAAGAGCAACAACUGGGCUCCCAAAUACAAUGAAACCUUUCACUUCAUAUUGGGAAAUGAAGACGGUCCUGAUGCUUAUGAGCUCCAAGUCUGUGUGAAAGACUACUGCUUUGCUCGGGAGGACAGGGUACUGGGAAUAGCAGUGAUGCAGCUGAGAGACAUAGCAGACAAAGGAAGCUGUGCUUGCUGGUGCCCCCUGGGGCGCAGGAUCCACAUGGAUGAGACUGGACUUACAAUCCUGAGGAUUCUCUCUCAAAGAACCAAUGAUGAAGUUGCCAGAGAAUUUGUAAAGUUGAAAUCUGAGUCCCGCUCCACAGAGGAAGGCACCUGAGCUGAGCUGUGUAGUGUUCCCUUUUCUCUUCUGCCUUGUGCCAAUAUGUGCAAGUGUUCAACAAUUCUUUUAUUAAUCACAAAAGUUUCUUUCUUGUUGUCUUUGUCAGCUCUGAUAGCGCACGUGUGCUGUACAGGAAACAAACCCAUCAGUCUGAUGUGAGUUAUUUAUUUUUUAGUAGCUGGGUUAAGACACCAUAGAGAAUGAGACAGUCUCUUGUUAUUUAAGAUGCGAAUUCUGCUUUGCAUAUAUAAAUUAUUUUAUAUUGGAGGCUGGGUAUGCUGGGUUUUGUUGAUAUGCAGCACUGUGAUUUUAUCCUCUGAAGUUGGCAGAUGUUGAAAAGGUUCUACAUAAUCACACUACGAUACAAACACACAACUGUGUGGAAAUUGGGAGAAGAAGAACGAUUUGGGGCUUUGGCAAAUCACAGUUAUCUCUCAUUGAAUUCAUGUACUGUGGAGCUGCCAGUGGAUGUUCUGGCACAGGUUAUACCGAUGUCCCAAUAUGAUACGCAGACACCUCAACGUCUGCUUACAAAAUAAGUUGCAAAUUGCUCUGAAGAUGCACACCAGAUGAAUAUGACCGUGGAUGUGCUGCUGUGAGCAUGGAUGAGAUCAGUUGGACAAGUGCAGAGUGGCCUAAGAUCUCAUAGCCAAAAGCUGCAAAGACAAUACAGCAGGAGCAGACUGCAGCUGCCCUGCUAUUGUAAUUAGAUUGUGUGUCUCGGAGAAUAUAAAUCCCCAUGUGCUGCUGGGAAAUCUGCAUCACCACGGGGUUGCUGUAAGCUGCUGAACUCCGCAAGUCACACUUUGGCUACCGUGACUGACACGGUAAGGAAGGGAACAACAUUAGAGCCAUGACAAAUAGCAUGGCUACUAUAUACUUCUUCUGCUUAGAUACUCUUUCAUUAGUUAUUUGACAUAGGGUUGGAUAAUUUAAUACUUGCAGGCUUUCUGUAGCAUUUUGUUAUCCUGUAGUAGCUGAGACCAUUCCUCACUAUGAACCCAGAAAUGAUGGCUUGCUUGGGAGAGAUCAGCACGUCUCCCCUCUGUAAGCACUCAGUCUGGAGUGCUGGUCAAAGAGCAGCAGGUCCAUUCGGUUUAUCUUGAGUCUCUGUUGGCCGUGCUGCAGUUGAUCUGUGCUGUUUGUCAUUAAUCUGUGUUUUAACUAUACCAUUGAAAAUAUUUUUGCACUGUCUUAAAGAAGCAUCCUUGUUUUGUUUUCUUGCAAAACAAAACACUGUCCUGAGCAAAGUGAUAGCAGGGAGGUCAGAAUUUCUGACUGAAAAUUCAGAAGCAGGAAGGUCUGGAGAAGUGGCUACACCUGAGGUAUGUUUGUUGGAGGGUUCCUAUUGUUUUGGGGAUACUUUGGGGAUAUAUUUUUGCUAUUUCCAGCUGCCCUUGUGCUCUGGAAAGGGCAGCUGGAACAAGCCAGUCCUUGCCCAUGAAGUACUGUAAUACUGUCAAUAAAUAUAAGGACUGUGUAUUGAAUGACCUUUUUUUUUCUUUUUUUUUCUAUUUUCUCUGACACUUGUACAGCUGUGUAACUCCUAUUUCAUGGGCCUGCCCAUAGAGCUCUGAGAUGGCACAUCUGCUUUGUUGUUGUCCAUGGUGUGUUAUAAUAGCGCUCUUCAAAACUCCAUGCUAUUUGUCAUGAUUUUGAAUCAUUGUACGUGCCAUUGUUAUGAGAACUG